AUGUUGCCCGAGUACCCAUUCGAACCAAUGUUCCGAGCAGCAGCUUCCAUGAACAAAGACAUAUCCUUCGGUGACACUGAUAUCAUCACAAACCGCAACAGCCUUCGGAAGCUGCUCGACUUCAGCGCCGGCCGGGCCCGCAACAGCUUCCGACUCAACCUUCACCUGGUGCGCGACACCCUGAUCAUCGAGCGCUGCGAAAAGGAUGCCCGCGAGAUCCUCGGCGGGUCGCGGAACUCUGGUUGGGGCCGGAACUUUGAAAAGGCUUCGGUCAAAUUUCCCAUCGGUCUGGAAGACAGUCUGGGUCACCACCGCACGCUGCGGUACUCGCUUGGAGCGUUGAAUUGUGCGGUGCAGUUUGAAGUUGAUGCCAGCUACGACCCUGAUGGCCAAGACGCCGCUGAUUCGGACACUCUGACUGUACCUAUGGAGAAACUGUCCAUCAAGUCUACUCAGCCACACGAGGUCGAGAAAUCCUCGCGAGGCUUGCAAGUCGAGACAGCCUAUGCCGAAGCGCACGUGAUGCGCCAGUCAACUGCUGCGGAAAUCAAAUCCACGACCAGGAACAAGUCACCCGGCCAGUAUAUGCCGCAGCUCUGGUUCGGCAGAACACCCUGGCUCAUCGUCGGUCAUCACAACGAGGGGACUUUUGACAGCAGGAAGAUCACCGGUGUGGCGGCUAGCUUCGCCGACUGGGAGACCACGCACCAGGCCCCGCUGCAGAAGCUGGUAACCGUGCUCGUCGAGCUCCGGCAUGCGGUCCGGAAGAAUGGAGGCCGGCACAGCGCUGCUGUUUACGAGCAAGGCUCCGGAACCAUUCGUGUCUUUGAGUUGACGAGCUUCCGACAGGCAUUGCCGAUGGACCUAAGGCAAAAGCUUUGGACUUGA